GGUGCAAUCUGCGUCGUCAGUGAUGCGUCAAAGUACGAAAACAUAUAUGUCGCCGAAAAGCAAUCUCAGUUUACCUAGGUAGCCCUAACCUAAAGGCGUGCUUCUCGAGCUUUCUGCGUACAAGUAGUUGCAGUCAUAUUCCUGCAUUGUUUGAUUCCAACAUUUAUAUUUAGCCUUAACCGGGAAGAUCCUCCGCCGUCCGCCAUGGACGCGCUGAACAUGGCCGCAUUUGAGGAGCGUGCUGCGAGUGCAGAGAGGCGACUUGCGGCCCUUGAGUCGCUUGUUUCCUCAGGAGGUCUUACGGACUCGUCGGCGCUGCAAGAGCUGAAGGCAGUGCUUGUUAAGGCGAAAGAGGAGGCCCAGAAGACGCAGGAGGAACGAGACAAGGCUGUGUCCGAGCGCAAGGCCCUGGAGGAGGAGGUGGCUAAGCUGCGCUACCAGGUGCUGCACCUGAAGCGGGCGGUGCGCGAGGUGGAGGCGGAGGCGCAGCACGCGGCCCCGGUCCGCGGCUGAGGUGCAGGACAGCAGGACAGCAGGCGGGGGAGCAGCUGCAACGAAGGGGCUCGUGCGGCUUGUCGACAUGCACUUCCCCAGCGGCGGCGGCAGUACCCCCGCAGCGACAUCCCUGGCAGCAAACCCAGUUUGAGGAAGGAGUGGGAAUGAGUGCUACCCGGGCUGGCCUGGGGCGUGUGUGAGGGGCAAGGGGUGAAGGGAGGCCGUGUGUGCGUGUGCCUGUGAGGGGAGCGGUGAGAGUGCAUGAGAGCGGAGGCGAGCAUGGCGGGCGGGAUCGGCGCCUGGAGAGCUUGGCUGGCGCUCUGGUGGUGUCGGGACGCGAGCAGUGCGUGCAGUCCAGGAGUGACAGGUGGGGGGGUGCGGUGCGUGAAGGGCGUUGUGGCCUCGGCUGAGACAUGUAGGCAGUGAUCCUCCAACCCGAGCAGAUGUGCGGAAAAUGCGUUCGGCUUCAAAGGUCAGCGCUAGGACGUGGAUCAUGAUAGGCCUUCGCCUAUAGAUUUCAGCUUGAAGGUUGAAGACAAUUUGGACUCCGUAUAUUCCAGCCGCCGGGCGUUAGCAUCCCAAGUGCAACAUCCAGCUUGUAGGGUUAGGAGCGGUUAAUAAGGACGUAUAAGAUUGCUAAGUUUUUAUAUUGGUAAGGUUUCGUGAUUAUUGGGACAGGGAAUGCUCCAAGUAGAAGGAGUGGGCCCGUCACGCUGGAUGGUAAAAGCGGAUGGUCGAUGCUCAGUGCAAGAGAGAGGACCAUAACCGGUAUCAACCCCGAAUACCUUGCGUUCAGCAUAGCUUCCUUCCAAAGUGCAUUUGACUUGGCAGCACUGGAACCUCCGUUACCAGGGGCUGGGCCCCUGCUAAGCAUGGCGCCACGUACGACAACUUCGGAUUCCGCAUUCCGGCCACCGACUACGGCCUUUAGAUGCCCCAGAGAAGAGUCUUGUGGUAAAACACAUUGGCAGGUGCUCUAAAUUUAUUGCGCUGGCCCCUCACUCGUUUUUUGCUUAACUCCGAGCUGCAACUUACACAUCGCGUUUAAGCCCACUCUGCGUAAGGGCGCCGAGCCGCAAGAGCCAUCCUCCGUUAUCGUUGCUUUCAACGGCAAGAGAAACGGGGAUUACGCAGACGAGAAUGGCUUCAAGUCUGUCUAAUGGGCACCAUAAACAGCAUGAGCGAAGAGGGCAAGAAGGAGAACAAGAUCCAGGACCCCCAAAACCAAACGGUGAAGAGAUGGAAGUCGAAUGGGUAAACGAAGGGUACGUAAAAUGGCUGGCUCAACGCGAAAAGUGGACGUCGGGGACGCGUCCAGCCCAAGCGCGGCAGCGUAACGUGCCUACGUACCUCCACACUAUGGUAUUAGGCGAAAAACCCUUCCCCCGAGCGGUACCGUUGGAGGCGGUGGUCGAGUGCUUGGUGGAGAUGUGGGAGGAGGAGGACGACUGGGACUAGGCGGCGACCCACGGGGGGAGGGCCUUGUACGGCUGGAGCCUGUACGGCAGGAGGCAGUGUGCAGCGGAGGGGUCACGGAGUGGAAGGGAACCAGAGAGCCAUGCCAGCCUAGGCCCCCACCCAACAGGCCUAGGUUUGCAGUCCCUCCUCCGCUCCCUUCGCCCCGCAGCACACAGCUCCACCCACCACUCCUGCCCACCACCCCACCGCACCACCACAGCUUACCAGGACAUUCCAGCACUGUUACCAAUCCACCAGGACCGCCACCACACUACGCCAGCAGCAGCAGCAGCAGCCCUCCUGAGGACGCAGCCACUGCUCCUGCGACUCCCCGCACUGCUAGCGCCUCCCCAGGGCACCCCACCUCCACCUCCCUCCUACACACAGCUACCACCCGCCUCCUCGAAGCAGCAGUGCUGCACACUCGCUUCCAACGCCGCACCCAGUCUGGGCCCCCCCCCCACCAGUCUGGGCCCCCCAUUAUAGCCGAUCCUGAAGUCCGACUAAGGUGCAGAGCAGCCGCUAGUUGGGAGCCCCCUCGAGGUCUCCUGCUGUGGACCCCUCCGCCCGCAGCAGCAGCUGCACCCGCCCCCCACACACCCUCGCAGCAGCAACUGCAGCAGUGCUGCAUGCGGAGGGGCCGUGGGCUGGGGGCGCUGGGUGUCCGGCCGUGACUCGCAGCAGCAGCGGGGAGUAUGGUGGUGUAGGUCGGCAGGUGGCGGUUGGUGUGUAUCUAGCAAUCAAGUUAUGGAGUGGGGGAGGAGGGCGGUGUUGAUGGCCGACUUCCCUGGCGGCCCGGCGUCUGGUUUCGCCGGUGCCGACUGGAGAAUACCGCCGGUACAGGUAGACGGGUAUGCAGCGCAGCUUCUGAGUCGUGAGGGCCGGACGUUGCAACGCUAUGAGUGGGUGGUGGGUUUAGCAAUGCAAGUGUGAUGAGAGGGACUGCUUGGAACGUGUGGUGCAGAGGUGAAGACUCACGGACGAUGCUCUCGCUGCGAGUAAAGAGCCGUAGCUGAGGAGUUGUUGUUGACAUCUUACUGUGAUGAGACUCUCCGAACUUGGACGAACGAAUGUGAGACAACAAGGUAUGAUGACGUGUGCCUUGUUAUUGUUGCCGUGUGGUAUGCUGAUGUGGUUGGCGGGAUUAGUCUUUGCUAGGAUGGGGAGCUGAAGCUGUGGAGGAGGGGAGGCUGUAUCGCCUGCAUGGGGGCUCGUACAAACGAUGCAAGAUGAAAGGGCCCGGCCGAUCGGAAUGGCAGCCGCUUCUGUGAUAACAGGCUCAGAUUGUGAGGAAGGAAACACACGGACGUGCAUGGAGUGGGGUAAGCUUGUUGACAAAGAAGGCCGUGCAAUGUCUGUUGCAUGUACGUGUAAGGAGAAGUGCCAUGCAUGUCGUUUGCACCCUGUAGUACGUAUGCUGUUGCGACCCCACGAGAGAAGCUCUUGCAGUCCGUUCUCUUUACCAUGCUCGCUUUACCACGACACGCACACAACGAC